GUAAAAAAAAAAAUGAAAUUAACAUUUACUUGAAAAAUCCCCCACUUGCAUUCUAAUAUUGAUCAAACUAUAAUCAAGAUCGAUGUAUAUUAAUUCAUAAUGUUCACCCCAAGUUAAUUAUCACAUACAUUUCUGGAAAGUACGUUGCACUAUUCAUUUAUCGUGCAACAAAAAGUCCCAGCAUUUAAUUACCUACUUUAAAAAGCAACCUGAAAAGCAAAAUGUAAAUUAGGUUGAUCAGGUGAAUUGAUUCAGAUAUGGCUGAAUAGAGCAAGAAAUUCUCCCUUAAUAUGUUUUCAAUGUCCUUGCAGAGAAAAUGGCUUUUCCCGAUGAUUGAUUUUGCCUAUGUACUCCUGAGAGCCGAUCACUGAAUGGAGACUUUUAAAAAUAUGUUGUUGCAACAUAUCUAUUGUCACAAUGGAGAUAGGAUCAACUUUUCAUACACAAAGACAGGGUAAAUUCUUAAGCAGUGUGUUAAACUUCAAAAAGACAAUAGAAAUGCACAGAGAAGGUGAUUUAAUUCAAAGACUGUCAAUGCUAUCAUGGGUCACAAGUGUGUUUUAGAGAAGUUCUCUCCUUUCUGAACUAAUGAUUGGACAAGGACUUCAUUCAGUGGAUGAAACAGUGUGUGUAUAUAACAGUGCUGUGACAGCAGUUCUAUUUUGCAACAUGAAAAACCAGAGGAUUAUGGCAAAGAGGAUCGUGGAAAAAUUUACCUAAUUUGAUACCAUUUGUAGAUGGAAGUAAAAAGGCCAAAAAGCAGCCGAGCCAGGGCCAAGUCUGCUGCUACUGCAAACAACAGAGGCCAGUUAAGGAUGGGGAAAGGUAAACCCCAAAAUGGCCCCACUAAAGUGACCUUUAACCAGGAUCCCCUGGCGGUGCCUCGGCCCCACGUACCCGAAAGACAGAACCUAAUAUCACAGACAGACAUGGUGAUCAAUUCUCCACCAAAUGACCAACUCCAAAAGCUUCUAAAAGAGAAACCGGAUCUUCAUCCUAACACAAGAGACUUCUUUGACCUAAUGAUAGAACGUCAAUACACUAAGGUUAAGAAGAUGCUAAAAGAAGGAAAAGUGGAUGUGAACUCUCGUGACACUGACAAUCAUUUACUUCCGACUCCGUUACUUAUCGCUACGGAACUCAACGACGUAGAGCUUGUAAAGUUACUACUGAAAGCAAAGCCCAAACCUGCCAAUGUUAAUGAUGAAAACAUCAAAGGAAGAAGACCCAUCUGGUGGGCAGCUAGAUGGGCCAAUGAAGAAAUCACAGACCUGCUACUGAACUGCAGUAAACAGAAAUGUGAAGUCAAUUUUGUUGAUAAAGAGUCAGGAUGUGCUCCCCUUUACAGAGCCAUUUUGUCCAAUGCUGCCAAAAUAGUCCAGCUUCUGAUUCAUGCUGGAGCGGACAUUAAUCUCCGGAUCCUCGGCCUGGGUGUCGGUGCUGAAACUCCCCUAAUCAAAGCAAUUCAAAAGGACAGCAAGGAAAUAUGUGAGUUGCUCAUAAAUUCUCUUUGCAAACUACAUGCCAAAACAACAAGUGGACUGAAUGCCUUACAUUAUGCUGUUGGAUAUCGUAGAUAUGAUAUCUGUGAACUCUUGCUGGAAAACGGGAUCAAGAUCAACUCCAAGACCCCAUCUGGAGUGACCGCUAUGACAGUCGCUGUUGAGCAGCAGAUUCCAGCAAUGGUGAAAUUGCUUUUGGAAUAUGGAUAUCGCACAGACAAAAGGUACAAGUGGAAAGAGACUCCACUCCAACAUGCCAUCAAUAUUCAUUCUGAGGAAUGUGCAGUAACUUUGAUUCAUUAUGGUUGUAGUUUGGUCCCUGAUGCCAAAUGGAGGGGACCAUCAAACUUUUUCAUGGCUGUGAAUGAAAAUCAGAUGAAGGUAGUCAAAUUCAUGGUGGCAUUAAAACCAACAUUUCUCAAUGAGAAGUGGCUACAGCGAAAAAGGUGGCCUGUUUCUAUAUAUAGAAAGCCUGAUAUAAUCGAGUACUUAGAAAAAGAAUCUCAGAGAGUGCAAUCCCUUAAGGAACUGUGUCGUGGACGUGUCUUUCAAUACCUUGGUAAAUUUGGCAUUAAAAAAAUAGACAGUCUGCAGUUGCCAGACAGUAUGAAAGAAUACCUUAGAUACAAAGAAUUCAUCAAAGACAAAUAUUAUGUGCAUAAGAAAUUGGACUUGAAAUGUUGUCCUUUCGAAUGCCCGUCUUACUGUGCCAACAAACGCUGCCUCCCGAUUGAGAUUUCUUCAGAGGAGGAGGACAGUGAAUCCAGUUCAGGGGAGGAGGAACCCAGCAAGGGAACUUUCUGUAAGAUCUGCAUGAUAACACAUCCCCCUGACAUGACUGAUAACCUCCACCAUCAACCUAUUGGUUACAAUGGCAGGAAGUGACAUCACAUGGCAAAAAAAACAAAAAAACUCUGCCAUCAACCCAUUGGUUUUCAAUGGCAAGAAAAAAUGUCUUGUGGCAAGAUGAACUUUAUCUCCAUCAAUCCAUUGGUUACAGGGGCAGAAAGUGACUUCAUACUAUUUAACACCAUGCUUUUCUUCCAGUGCAAUAUUAGAUGGUUAUUUCUUGAACAAUGUCUGUUAAAGCAUAUAUAUUCUUUCAUUAAUUAAAAAUUUAUUUAAAAGGCAUUUUUAUCAAAAUGAAAAUUACCGGGUAAUGUUAAAACAUACCCAAAAAUUUCUUAAACUAACUCAACAAAAGGCAUCAUAAUAGCUAGGAUUGCUGAACUUUCUAUAUUUAAAUUUUAAAUUUUUUUUUAACUGUAACAAUACAUGUUUAUACAUUCUCAAUGUUUUGAAUGUAAUCUGAUCCUUGUAAUUCUUUAAACUGAAAAAAAAGAUACUAUUAACAAUUUACAAGACUGUAAGUAUGAAUUCAAAAUUGAAAUAAGUAUAAACUUGUCCCUUAAAAAGAGAUUUAAGUAAACAGUAAACUCUACAAAUUCUUAAUGAUUUAUCAUAUUGUAUGUACAAAUUUGAGUGGUAUGUACAACAAAAAGUGGUGAAUUUUUCUUUCCAAAUUUUAUUUUUCAAGAUUGAGCACUGACAACACAAUCUUGCUGCAUUAAUUAGCAUUUAUUGAUUGUUGCAUCUUGUUUUUAAUUCUCUGAAGAUAAAAUAUAAUGUUAUUUUUAAACUGUUAAAUAUGUUGAACAUUACAUUGUA